UCGAGCGGGUCAGCAUGCUGGUGAUCCUGCUCAACUGCGUCACGCUGGGCAUGUUCCACCCCUGCGAGGACAUCGCCUGCGACUCGCCGCGCUGCCGCAUCCUCCAGAGUUUUGACGACUUCAUCUUUGCCUUCUUCGCCGUGGAAAUGAUAGUCAAGAUGAUUGCGCUGGGGAUCUUCGGGAAGAAGUGCUACCUGGGGGACACGUGGAACCGCCUGGACUUCUUUAUCGUCAUAGCGGGCAUGCUGGAAUACUCCCUGGACCUGCAGAACGUCAGCUUCUCAGCCGUGCGCACCGUCCGUGUCCUUCGGCCACUCAGAGCCAUUAACAGGGUUCCCAGCAUGCGCAUUCUGGUGACACUUCUCUUGGACACGCUACCCAUGCUGGGGAACGUCCUUCUCCUCUGCUUCUUCGUCUUCUUCAUCUUCGGCAUCGUGGGAGUGCAGCUGUGGGCGGGUUUGCUCAGGAACCGCUGCUUCCUCCCCGAGAACUUCAGCAUCCCUUACACCGUGGACUUGGAGCGCUACUACCAGACAGAGAAUGAAGAUGAGAACCCCUUCAUCUGCUCCCAGCCCCGUGAGAACGGGAUGCGCUACUGCCGCAGCAUCCCAACGCGGAGGGAGGAGGGCCUGGAGUGCACGCUGGAUUAUUAUUCCUACAAUGACACCACCAACACGUCCUGCGUCAACUGGAACCAGUAUUACACAAACUGCUCUGCCGGGGAGCACAACCCCUUCAAAGGUGCCAUCAACUUCGACAACAUCGGCUAUGCCUGGAUUGCAAUAUUUCAGGUCAUCACACUGGAGGGCUGGGUGGACAUCAUGUACUUCGUCAUGGACGCGCACUCCUUCUACAACUUCAUCUACUUCAUCCUCCUGAUCAUUGUGGGCUCCUUCUUCAUGAUCAACCUCUGCCUGGUGGUUAUAGCCACGCAGUUCUCCGAGACGAAGCAGCGCGAGAGCCAGCUGAUGAAGGAGCAGCGGGUGCGCUACCUGUCCAACGCCAGCACCCUCGCCAGCUUUUCGGAGCCGGGCAGCUGCUACGACGAGCUCCUCAAGUACCUGGUGUACAUCGCCCGCAAGGGCAGCAAGCAGCUGGUGGAGGCGUACCGGGUGGCCGGC